AUGGCCACGUUGACGGAGUUGUUCCUCUUGUUUGGGCUGUGGCCCAUUUUGCAGGUCCAAGGAGUUGCCAAGUUCACAAACAUCGAGUGCCUGAGUGCGGACGAAAACUUUACCACCAUUUCCUUGUGCCGAUUGUACGCCGUGAAGAGGGAUGUCGUCGAAAUGAGUCUGCGGGCCAACAUCCUGCGAUGGCCAAAAGGUCCGGUAUCGAUGCGCAUGCAGCUGCUGAAGAAGGCCAGUGGCUACAAGCCCUUCCUAUACAAUAUCCGCCAGUCGGAUGUGUGCGAGUAUCUGGAGAAGCGGAACCACCCCUUCAUAAACAUCAUCCUGAGCAGUUUCGGGAACAGAACCAAUGUGAACAAGUGUCCGAUUCCACCGGAAAUAGUGUUGGAGCACUUCCGGUUUCCCGUCAAGGUUCUGGACAUGAUGCCCCUGCCCUCCGGUGACUACGGACUCUUCACCACCUUCAGUUUCCACCGAGCGGAGUUGGCCCAGGUUAAGGUGUACUUCACAUUAACAGAGUAUCGCUAAAGGCACACAAAUCACGAAUCGAGUCGAGUAUUUGUUAUAAACAUCAGACGCGGUGCAAUAAACCAAUUAAUAAAUUUGCCAUAAAUUUGUUAACUGGCCGUAAAAGAGCUUUCCGAUUUGAUUAUCCCUUUGUAAUUGCAAU